CUCUUCCUUUGAUGCGGAUGAAAUGGAACGAAUGCUUCUCGUCUUUUUGUCGAGAGCACAACCCACCAAAUGGUCAAACUCUUUCACGCUACUUCCACGACGAGACCCUCAAAGUCCCUUUCUUUCCGGUUAAGUCUUCUCUCUCUAUAUUCCCCCUUCUGCUUCUUCCUUCUAUAAAGACCAGAUCUUGCGAACUAAAACCAGCAGAAGACCAAGAUCAAGAACCUGCCCAAGUCUGAGGAAAGAUUUGCAGACAUGUCGUCCUCAUCGCCGCCGCCGCCUGAGAUCCUGAUAGUGCCCUUCUUCGGCCAAGGCCACCUCCUCCCUUGCAUGGAGCUCUGCAAGCACAUCGCCGCCCGCAACUUGAGGGCCACUCUCGUCAUCUCCUCCAACCUCUCCUCCUCCAUCCCCGCCUCCCUCCGCCACCACCACCCCCUCCUCCAAAUUACCGAGAUACCCUCCUCGCCGCUCCCUCCUGCCGAGCCGGGAUCCGACCCUAUGGAGGCUCACCGGGCUCACCACUCCCAGAUGGCUCAGGGGCUCGAGAACAUCCUCGCGCCGCCCCGGCCCGACGAUCCUAGCCCGGAUCGGCCCGUCUGCGCGGUCCUCGACGUCAUGAUGGGGUGGAGUGCCGAGAUCUUUGCCAAGUACAAGAUUCCGACGGUUGGGUUCUUCACCUCCGGCGCGUGCUCGGCGGCGAUGGAGCUCGCGGUCUGGAAGGGCAAGGUCGAGGAUCUCAAGCCGGGCGAGACCUGCCCACUCCCAGGCCUCCCCGAAGACAUGGCACUCACAGCGUCGGACCUCAAGCGCCACCCCAGGGGCGGACCGCCUCACCUCCGCGGCGGCCCCCGUGGCGGCAGAGGCGGCGGUGGACGAGCUCCAAAUUCGGGAUCCGGACCCUCCAGCCCGAUGGGUGUUUUCGGGCCGAAGUUCAUGGGCCCGCCUGAACCGGGCCAGCAGCCACCCUGGGUCGACGAGUCCGGCAGCUGGAUCGCGAUCCUGUUCCACACAUGCGCUGAACUCGAGGGGCCGUUCCUCGACUACCUCACCCGCCAGGUCAGCAAGCCGGUCUGGGGCGUGGGGCCGCUCCUGCCUGAGCAGUACUGGAAGUCGGCCGGUUCGCUCCUUCACGACCGGGAGAUCCGGCCGAACCGGCAGUCCAGCGCGACCGAGGAUGAGGUCAUCCAGUGGCUGGACUCCAAGACGCAGGGCUCGGUCUUAUACGUCUCCUUCGGGUCCGAAGUGGGACCCACAGCGGAGGAGUACCCGGAGCUGGCGGCCGCGCUGGAGGAAUCGACCCGGCCUUUCAUAUGGGCAAUCCAAUACGGGGCGGGCCGUCGGGGCCCGCCCAGGACGUUCCUGGGUGGGACGCCGGACUCGGACGAAGGCUACUUCCCUCACGGGCUGGAUAAGAAGGUCGGAGAGAGGGGCCUGAUCAUACGCGGGUGGGCCCCGCAGCUGCUGAUCCUAAGCCACCCGUCGUCGGGCGGGUUCUUGUCGCACUGCGGUUGGAACUCGACCGUCGAGGCAAUCGGGCGCGGGGUCCCGUUCCUGACGUGGCCUAUCAGGGGCGACCAGUACUACAUCUCCAAGCUCGUGGUGGACCACCUGAAGAUCGGACACAACGUGUCCGACGACAUGUCGAAGGGGGUCACGAGGGACGACAUAGGCAAGGGGAUCGAGAGGCUGAUGACCGACGCGGGGGCGCGGGAGAGGGCCGCGAUCAUCCGGACCGUGUUCGAGCACGGCUUCCCAGCGAGCUCGGCGGCCGCUUUGGACGCCUUCAGGGACUUCAUGAUCAGCGUUUAUUUGUCUUAGAUUUGAUGUCUCGAUUUCAUCGAAUGUGAAGAGGAAACUAAUGUCCGGCUUGUAAUUUCACUGUCAGAACUCUGUAUCAUCUGUAUGCACUCGUCAUUUGUAGAAUAUUUGUGCCUCUGCU